AAACAGCGGGGCUGUGCAGGUCAGCUGCUGAUCACCGGACUUAGACCCGUCAGCGUGUCAGCGAGCGCUGCGGCUUGGGACGGCCGCAACCACCGCGGCGCUGCGGUGCGGAGAGCGAUCGAUGGAUUUCCAGAAACUUUGCACUUUGGAAACUUUUCAGCGGGUCUGGAGCCACUACGGUUACGGGGGGCACUUCGAAGAGGCGAUCGGGCGGGAGUUCACGCGGAUUAAAGGUAUAACAUAUCUGGAUCAUGCAGCAACUACUCUGUACCCGGAGUCGCUGGUCAGGGACUACGGCUUGGACAUUACACGGAACGUAUACGGAAACCCGCACAGCCAUAACCCCAGCAGCAGACUGACGCAUGACACCAUCGAGAGGGUCAGAUACAGGGUAUUGCAGCAUUUUAACACCACUCCCGAGGAGUACUGUGUGAUUUUCACUUCUGGUUGCACAGCCGCUCUCAAAUUAGUGGCCGAGAGCUUUCCCUGGAGGCCCCGGACCGAGAGCGAGGCGGGGAGUCACUUCUGCUACCUCACCGACUGCCACACCUCUGCGGUCGGCAUACGAGGACUGACUUCUGGCCGAGGGGUAGUCGCCCUGCCUGUUUCCCCGCACGAGGUGGAACACAGGGCAAGGGAGGAGGCUCAAGGUGAAGAUGUUAUUUGUCAGACGCCGCACCUCUUCUGCUACCCAGCACAGAGCAACUUCUCUGGGAGGAAGUAUCCCCUUAGCCAUGUGAAAGGCAUCCAGGCGAGACGCCUUUACCCAGCAUGUGACCACCAAGGCCGCUGGUUUGUGCUGCUCGAUGCUGCCUCUCAUGUCAGCUGUUCCCCUCUAAACCUACAGGACUGCCCUGCUGAUUUCAUUCCCGUCUCCUUCUACAAGUUGUUUGGCUUCCCUACAGGGCUGGGCGCCCUUCUUGUCCGUCACGACGCAGCAGGCAUGCUAAAAAAGACUUAUUUUGGAGGAGGCACAGCAGCAGCUUACCUUUCUGGAGAAGAUUAUUAUGUGCAGUCAGCAAACAUUUCUGACAGAUUUGAAGAUGGGACUGUCUCUUUCUUGGACAUCAUAGCUCUAAAUCACGGUUUCGAAGCUCUUUACAAGAUCACAGGGGGCAUGCACAACAUCCAGCAGCACACGUUUGGCCUGGCACGCUACACUUACUUGCUGCUGUCAAGUCUUUGCCAUGGCAACGGGCAACCAGUGGCCCGGAUAUACUGUGAGGGUCAGUUUGAGAGUCCAGCCACACAAGGUGCAAUCCUAAACUUCAACCUCGUGGAUUCUCAUGGACAGAUGAUUGGGUAUUCACAGGUGGACAGAAUGGCAAGUCUGUACAACAUCCAUGUGCGCACAGGCUGCUUCUGCAACACCGGGGCCUGUCAGUCCUUCCUUGGGAUCACCAAUCAUCAGAUGAGGAGAAACCUGCAGGCCGGCCACGUCUGCGGAGACAGUAUCGACCUGGUGGACGGCCAGCCGACCGGAUCAGUUCGCGUGUCCUUUGGCUAUAUGUCAACAUUUGAAGACUGUCAAAAGUUCCUGAACUUUGUUGCUGAGUGCUUCGUAGAGAAACCGGUCACAGUGGACCAAGUGAGACUGGAGAAGCUAAAAACAACCACAGCGGCAUCCCAGAGCUCAAAUGGAGAUCCACCUAUCAAAAUUACCAAUAGAGAGAUAUAUAAUGUAGAUGAGAAGAAGCUCAGAGAAGCAUCAAUCAAGGGAUUUAGACACAGAGACUCAAAUGGCCUCGAGGAGGCUUAUACUCUCACCAGCAUCUACAUAUAUCCCAUCAAAUCAUGCGGAGCAUAUGAGGUCCUUGACUGGCCACUGGGACCGCUGGGUUUGCUGUAUGACAGAGGCUGGAUGGUGGUGAAUGGAAACGGCGUGUGCCUGAGUCAGAAGAGAGAGGCGCGUUUAUGCCUCAUUCGCCCGCAAGUCCACCUGCCCUCAAACAAAUUGCUCCUGCAGGCAUCAGGGAUGGAUACCAUUUCUGUUCCCUUGGAAAACAACGAUCAGAAGCACACAAGCUAUCGGGCGUGUCAGAGUAAAGUUUGUGGUGACAGGGUGGAGACUUUCGACUGUGGGGAUGAGGCUGCAUCAUGGCUUUCAGACUUCCUUGGACAGCCAUGCCGCCUGAUAAGACAAAGUCCCUAUUUCGACCGAGACAUGAAGAAGCGGCAUAGUGGAGCUGCCACCUCUACGUCCCUCUCCCUGGUGAAUGAAGCGCAGUAUCUCAUGAUCAACCGCGCCAGUGUGGAGCUCAUUCAGAAACAAAUGAGCAGCAGGCAAGACUAUUCUGAGGGCGAACAGCUACUUGACUCACAGAAUGUCAUCAGCCGCUUCCGAGCCAAUUUAGUCAUCACUGGAGUAGAACCAUUUGAGGAGGAUAAUUGGUCGCACUUGAUUAUUGGCAACACUCGAUUUGUGGUUGCAGGUCAGUGUGGAAGGUGCCAGAUGGUUGGAGUAGACCAGGACACGGGGACCAAAACAAAAGAGCCGCUAAUGUCCCUGUCUGCUUAUCGCAGUGGGAAGGUGACCUUUGGUGUGUACCUGACCCAUCAGCUACCAAAGGGUUCCCCUACAGCCAGUGUCCUCUCCGUUGGCUCCCUUGUACAGCCAGAGCCACACAGUUCUUGAAGUGGUCAACUGCAUCAGCAUCCUCUUUUAUUUCUAUUGGUGACAUCCUGGGUCCCAAGCAAUCAUUUCUGCAAUGCACAUCCAAAAGGUUCCCUGUCAUACACUGUGGGGAGAUUCUGUAGAUGCUACUCUUUUCUGUCUGUGUAGCCCUGGUGGGGUUUGUCCUCUCAAGUGCCCUUUUCAUACCAGGGCAUUGUGAUUUUAUUCAAUCCGAGUCUGUUUUGAUGGGAAAAUAAUGAGAUUUUUGGAUUUUAUUUCCCCAUGGUUAUGUUCUUAAAAUGUGUUACGUAAAGUAGACGUGAAGUAUUAAAUGCAUGACAGAAUUAUACUUUGAAUAUGCCAAAACAUGUCAGGCUUGAUGCUUUAAUCACUGUUCAUGUUAACCUCCCUGACAGUUCUUCCACUGUUUGUCCCCAUGGAGGUUUAUAGUGCUGUUUAUUCCAAACGCAACACCACUGUUACCGCUUCCAGAAAUCUGAAACAUAUUGCUCACUGUAAUGAAAAAACCUACCAGGCACUCAGUAUUCAGUAUGGGUAUAGUAUUUUAUAAAGCGUAAUAAUUUGAUGUAGAGGAGCUAGAAAAUUUGUGUUUCCUGAAAAAAAAAAAAUACAGUUAGAUAUCUUGGCCACCAGAAAUCAUAUGUUCAGAGAGACAUGCUUGUAUGCAAAGUAUGUUUGUGCUCAACUGAUGUGUCAAUGUCAAACUGGUCCUCUAUUGCUCACCUAUGGUGUAGUUACAGAUAGUUUUUUUACUGUCAAUAGCAUGCUUGUCAGUAUUUAUGUGCCCAUGUAUGAAGGCAUGCCAAACAAAAGCUGGACUAAAUAUACACACGGAUGACAAAUGAAAGGAAAUGCGUAUGUAAAGUGUCCUUUUUGGUAUUUUUGAUGGUGGCGGUGGCCAGCGCUGUCCAACAUGUCACUCAAACAAAUCUGGAUCUGAUGACCUCAUAGGCCAUGGGAUGUGAUUCACAUCACUUUCACGCUCAUCAGACCCUUCGGUGGCUCGUUCCCUCUGGUUUGUCAUCUCUACCUCUUGCUGGUGCGCAGACUCUGGCACUGGCACAGCAGUCUGUGCCCUCUAACCGUGAUUGUUGCUGAGAAGUUUCUAAUCGUCUUUCAUCAGUGAUGUUUUACGCUCUUUCGUUCCAUGUACAGUGGGGCUCACUUGAAUGGGAAAGUGGGCCUCGGAGCUUUUGGACCCCGUUGUUUGUGUGUUUUAUCUGCCACUCACUAUGGACAUUUAAUGUGUGAGAGAAAUUGAACAGAUUUUCAAUCACAGCAGACUUAAAACAGCUCCACGAUUAAGGCAUACACUGUGUAUUUACAUAUAUCAUUUCACAAUGUAAUUUGUAUAAUAAAAGAUCCGUUUUAAUCGCAUUACAGGAGAUUGCUUAAUGUGUCGCGUG